AUGGCGUGUGUCUCACGUGGUCUCUGUAUUUCCAAAAUCAGUAUCUGGUUUAUGAAAGUGAAUGUACGAGGCUUUGCUCGAUACGCUCAUCGAAAUCCCAUAAAGAUUUUUUCAUCAGAAGAGGCUAAAAAACUAAGCAAUAAGCCAUCUUUAAUUUUUGAAGAUUCGGUAAGUGAUGUCCCGGCACCGAGCAAAAAAGAACAAGCACGCCCGAAAAAUUUUGCUGCUGAACAUCCCAGCAGAACUGCUGAUAAGUAUGACAAGAAAAAAGACGCCGUUUUGAUCGAGAAAAGCGCAUUAAACAUUUCAAAACCUCGUGUGAUUGAUGUAAAGAAGAAACAUGAAACCAACCACGCCAACCAGCAUGUGAAAGACCAAAUUACUAUUACAGCAUGUGGUGAAUCAGUUGUACAGGAUAUUGUCACAGACAAACAAACUUCCGAGAGAAAAUUAAGCUCUGUUAUUCAAACUGUCAAGUCAAGCAGAGCCAGAAAAGCUUCUGGUAAAAUUUUGUUGGAAGGAGAGAGAUUAAUAGCUGAUGCAAUGAAUGCUGGAGCACAUGCAGAGACAAUUUUUUUCAGUGACACUAAACUGUUGACCACACUCCCUUUAAAAAAAUAUCCAUCUAUCCAGCUUUAUCAAGUUCAAUAUGGUAAAAUCCAACUUUGGUCAGACUUGACAACUAGUCCUGGAAUUAUGGGUAUUUUUGAUGUGACAAAGCCAACAAAUUCUGACAUACCCCAUCAUAUCCCAUUAACAAUAAUCUGUGAUAAUAUAAGAGACCCUGGUAAUAUGGGGACUAUUAUAAGGUGUGCAGCAGCAGUGGGCUGUAAAGCUCUAAUUACUACACCAGAUUGUGUUGAUGUUUGGGACUCCAAAGUUUUGAGGGCUGCGGCUGGAGGACAUUUCCGAGUCAAAUUGGCUUUGAAUGUGGAUUGGGAUUUGAUUGCAGAAAACUUCGUCACCCAGGACGAUACUGUUUUAUUGGCAGAUUCCUCAAUUCAAGCAGCAUCACCAAUAGUCGAUGAAAAAGAUCGUUUGGCCAGUAAUUUAUCAUGGCUAGAACGAGAGCAGGGUCCGAAGUCUAAGUCUGUAGAAAUUUUGAAAGAAGGAAAUAUUCAAUAUCGCGACUCCUCCUACCUGGACGAUAAAAGUCUUCGGGUGUAUAAAAAGCUGCCUCUAGCUCAUUCAGCUUAUGACAAAAUCGACCUAAAUUCUGUGACAUCUCUUACGUUAGUUAUUGGCGGAGAAACUCAUGGUUUGAGUUCUGCUGCUCACAAAUUGGCGCACGAAUAUGGAGGUUUGAAGGUUUUCAUUCCAUUAGAAAACAAAGUGGACAGUUUGAAUGCUGGUGUGGCCGUGGGUAUUCUAGCAUAUGAAUUCAGACGAUUAUUCCUGCAAAAAAAAGUUUCAGACACACAGAAACUGUAACCGUAAUAGUUCCGCGUUUAGAAAACGAAUUAAGUGAAAUAAACGAAGAAAACAGA